UUCCUGGUUGGGUGUUAAAGCUACAGCUACGUCUUGGUCAAGCUUCAUGAUUCAUGACUGCGUACGUAAAGUAAACAACACCCUAGCUCAACAUUAGUUUUGAGUAAGGCGCCGAGGUUCUAUUUGUGCUGUGGUUUUUUGGCUCAAGUAAGUAGCCAAAGCGAGCUACCUUGUUAGCUUUCUGUUGAACAAUGCUGCAACUGAACGACUCCGUCGAACCAGAGAGCCCCGGAGCUGCUGUGCUACAUACGGUUGAAAGUGAGGACGGGGUGGAGGUGGCCUUCACGCCGCCGGGGGCCGGAGGAAGACAGGGGUAUAGUGCAUCGGUAGCAUGUUGUUCUCCUCUGCAGACAUUGACGCCGUUUCAUGUUCACAACCCAACAAUGCAAGCGAAAGUGAAAGAUUAUUUCGUCUUCAGACCAGGAACAAUAGAACAAGCAGUGAACGACAUCCGAACAGUGGCCCUGCCUUCGGAAGACGGGGAGGUGCUGAGCGUGUGGCUACUGGCCGAAGUUGACCACUGGAACAAUGAGAAGGAGCGAUUGGUUCUCAUCACUGACAGGUCUCUGCUGGUGUGCAAGUAUGAUUUCAUCAACCUUCAGUGCCAGCAGGUCACCAGGAUCUCCCUCAAUGCUGUGGACACCAUCUCCGUCGGAGAGUUCGAGUUCCCUCCCAAAUCUCUCAACAAGAGGGAAGGUUGUGGGAUCCGGGUCCAGUGGGACAAGCGCCCCCGGCCCUCCUUUGUGAACCGCUGGAACCCCUGGAGCACGGACAUGCCCUACGCCACGUUCACAGAGCACCCCAUGGCCCACGCAGACGAGAACGUGGGCUCUCUCUGUCAGGUAACCCCCACCCAGCUGGAGAACUUCAAGGCCCAGCUCAUCCAGGCAGUGAAGAGGGCGCACAAGGAGCACCCGCUCCCCGGGCGGGCCAACGGCGUGCUGCUCCUGGAGAGGCCCCUCCUGAUCGAGACCUACCUGGGGAUCAUGUCCUUCAUCAACAACGAGGCCAAGCUGGGAUACUCCAUGACCCGGGGCAAAAUCGGCUUCUAGAUCUAGCGCCAUGUACCUUGUUCAAGCCCUUUAACACCACCACCCCCCCGCCCUCCUCCCCCGCAUUCAUUGGCUGACUCCGUUACUCGACAUUGUGCGCUAAACACAUCCCUGUGUUGUAUUGUUGGUGGAGUCUCGCCCCAGCCCCGCCCUGUGGCUUUGUGAUGCCCCACAGCAUGAGCCAGACACCCCCCCCCACACUGCGGACGUGCCGGUCUCUUCAGUCUGCGGCACCUUACUGUACAAAGUGCUUUAUUCUACGAAUUCCUUCUGUUACAAGGUAUUUCCUGCUUUGAGAAUUGUGCUGUUGCGAGAGUGUGCAUGGUCAGAGCACCCUGCUGCAGAUGUUCUGUACUCUACUGUACUGUACCGUAGCUGCGCAACGAUUCCCAGCAUCGCUCAGCAGACUUCCUCACAUUAUCUCUCCCUGUUCAUACAGUCAGGCUCACUCCUCUCCUGCACAUUCAGCCGUGAAAGAAACAAAAUGGCACCCUGAUGCCCGGGCGCCUUCUGCCAGUGGCCUGCACAAUGAGUCCCGCUGCUGUUAACUCCCAGGUGAGGGAACGGGAAGGGGGUCAUGGGUUCCUUUGAAUCAUGCAUUCACCAUGCCCCAACUUUAGUGACCAAUGUUGACCUAAUAUGGAACAGCAGACUAGAAUUAAAGUAGUUGGCACAGUCCUAAAGGACGAUCACCCCAGCAGAGCUUUUUGAAAUUGUUAUGACUGAUGAGGGUGGGAUAGAGCUGGAGGCCAGCUGGUUUCCGUUCAGUAGACUAGGACAGUACUACAUGUGAGGUUUUUGCUCAUGCUUGGAUGUCCAGAGGAGACAAAGAGUAAAAUAAUUAGGAUGCGUUUGGGCGUGAUACAGUCAGGGCCCUUUAGUCUUCUUUGUUGUCACUGACGUGUUUGGCCUCCAGUCAGAAUGCUCUUCAGGUGUGUAGUUGAAAGUGCACAUGCACGUGCACGUGCGCUGUGGAUGAGGCAUCCCCUUCAGCAGUGCCAGUUCAGAUACAGUAAUGUUUUAUUCGGGUGAUGUUUGGUUGGGCUGAUCGAGUGCUGUCCAAACCUAAAAUGGAAACGGUGGAAUUUGUGUAGAUGGAUUCAGAUUUUUCUGUCGUUUCUGGCAUGGAGUUGCCGUGCGGUUUGGAGGGGGCACCUAACAAUCCUCAUCGAUGCUAAACUAAACGCACAACUAAAAACAAAAAGUCCUGUUUACCUUGAGCGUGGUGAACCACCAGUGCGAUGUUAGAUGGGCAGUGUUUAAAGUGUGUUUAAACUGCUAAGGCUACUGCAAUAGGGACACCUUAAAAAAUAUAUAUUUACAUUAAUGAUAUAAAGGAUAUUCCAUUUUUGGGAGGUCCAGCAAAAAUAAUAGAUUUCAUGUUUUUUGUUGGUUACAUUUUCAGAUUAGGAUUUAAACAAAAUAGAAACAACCUAAAUGUUUUUUUUUCCCCUCUAUCUUAACAUGGUUUGUAACACUUUGGACAGAUGCCAGCUCAGAGUUACAGAAACUUUUGAUAGCAUUCCAAGUCAUUCCAAUAAAACACACGUCACAUGCACAAGUAUGGUUUAAAACUUUGUGGCUGCCAUGAAGUUUAACCAAGCUAAAAGGGUUCAGGACAAGCACUGAGUACUGUAUCUGGUUAGUGACUACUUGUUGAAAAAUUAAUAAACGUUAUUGCGCAAUUCCCGUACUUUUACAAUAGAUCUAUGCACUGGUGUUGUGCUACCAAAGUCAAGAUGAUGUUGUGAUUUUGAAGUGCCCCCAUGAUUCCGAACUUUUAGAUUUUUUCCUCCCAUAAAAACUUUGUUUUUGAACAUAAUGUGCAUGCUUGUUGCACGAGGAGUUUGCAUGUCGUCUUUGAUAUGUGGAUUUUUAUUUGACACAUACCACAUGUAAAAAGAUUUGCACUGAUAAUAGCAAUCUUUAAGUGAUUUCAAAAGUAUAUAUAUAUAUAUAUUAAAUUAUUUAUUAUAUUGCUAAUUGCUUGCUUAUUUAAGUAGAGCACAGCUUUGUCUUUUUUCUUGUGAAUAUUAAAAAUAGAAAGAUAUUUGACUUGUGCUAAUGUGCAAACAAUCCUGUAAAACCUAGAUUAGUUUUCUCAGUUAUGUAAGGGUGGAGGAUCAUUUUGUACUAAAAUGUAAGGGUCAGUUUAAAUUUUGUCAAGUAUGUAGCUGGGAAUUCAAGUAUAAAAUCGGAUUUGAUUUGAUUUAGUGUUUACACCCAAAUAUUUCCACGGGCUGCAUUUUUGCUUAGUUGCACACAAUUUCUUUAAAACAUUUUUUACUCGUGCUAUAGUUACACAUGGCAGUUAUUUGACAUUUUACAUGUCUAAAAUUGUAAAAAAAAAAAAAAAAAAGGUUUGCUUUUGCUCAAAGCGUUUCACAGCAAGUUCUUUCUUUGAGUUCUGCAGCUGUUUUAACAGCUACAUUUAGUAGCUCUAUUGAUUGGCAUUUGGCAAGAGAUGGACCAGGUGGAGAAAGAAUUGAAAUGAAACAGAAUGAGCUGGAUUGAUGUCAUUGCCAAAUAGUAUUUUGCUAGCAUUAUUAGUGGUCCCAAUUUUGUUCAAUUAAGUGUCAAAUCCUUUUUAUAAAGAAUUCAAUGUAAUACACUUCAAGUGCAAUUUACAAGGAAAUCCAGUGCUAGGGUGCGGUAGGCUGAACUCUCUCUGAUGACCUAACCAGUCAUGUAAUCCAGUUGUACUGUGAUGUACAGGAAUCUCAAUAUUGAAUCUUAGAUGUGAAGAUGGAAACAUUUGAACUGAAACAACCUCAAAAUGAUUAAAUGCAGAUUUAAACCAACAAGA